CAUUGCAUGUAAUGUGUGAACGAAUCUCGCACAAAUUUAAAAAAGUCGCGUGGCGAAAUUAUAUUUUAAAUUUAAAUAUAAUAUACCUAUAGAUACGGAUUAAUUUGUAGUCUCAAUUUUAUUAAGUUUAAUGAGUGUUUAUAAUUAUGUUUUCGAACAAAUUAACAAAUUCAUAUAAACAAAGCCCUGAUGCUACCGACAUGGAUGUGCUAUCUUUUUUGGAUUUACUAGAUUUAGACGAAGAAAUCGUCGAUGCAAGACUCCAUAUUUUAAUGAAGAAGCAAAGUCAUACAAAUAAACAUCUCGCAAAUGUAUUACAGUUAUUAAACUAUAAAAAUUUAAUUAAUACCCAAGAAAACAGUGAGUGUUCGAAUAGUGAAGAGUAUGCCUUUGUUGCUAAAAUUAUAAAUCAAAUUCAAAAUGAUAAUAUUGAUAACAUAUGUAAAAUAAUAAGGGUAGCACUCAAUCUUAACACCAAGACGUUAGUUAGUAAAUCUGAACACUUAUUGCAACAAAUCCUAUCUAUGAUGGACUUGUCUCCUGAGAAAUUAAAUGAGGAAAGUGCCUCUAAUCAAGCUUUAUUAACUUUCCAACUCUGCGACAAUAUUCUUGAUUUAAUUAUAAGCCAUGGUGAAACAAUAUGUUUACCUUUUUAUGAACUACCUGUAGAAAACAUAUUAUUUUGUAAUAAUGAUAAACUAAAGGUAAAUUUUUUAACUAAUACUGUUCCAAAGUUUUUACAAGGAGUUUGGGGAUUUAAUAUACUGGAUGCUAUCUGGACAUGUUUAAAAAAUUCUGCACAGCAAUAUAAUGAGUUUGUACUGAAUAUAUUGAGUUGUUUGUCUGAUUAUUAUUUGCCAGCACCGGAUGAUAGAGGCAUUCUUGCGUAUGAAUCACAAGUAGUGAGGCAAGUGGAAUUCUGGAGCAUAAUUUUAUUUGGAUUAAUGUCAUUGAAUCCUACAGUACGCAAGAUUUCACUUUAUCUCAAUAAACGAGCUAUAGAUUGCUUAAAGGCUAUGAAGAAAAAUAUUGUUGUACAGUUUGAAAAUGAUAUUAUUCUUCACUGGGAUCCUGUAAAGGAAUUUGAUUGCAAAAAUAUGUGGGAAAACUACUUUACUCUUUUCGAUAGUUUAGAAGAGAAACAAAGUAAUAUAGUACUGCCCUCACUACAGUUAUUUCAGAGUUUGGGUAACAUUGGAGCUGUUUGGUUAAACUGCUUAUUUCAUAUUGGCCUGAAACAUGACAACAUUCAAGUCAGAGUCAAAUGCAUCCAUUACAAACUAGACACACCUUUCAGUAAUCAAUCUGAAGUAGUAGUUUUGUUGGAAGCACUCAAUGAUAUAAAUAUUUAUGAGAAUCCCACAGAAUAUGGAAUGAUUAAAGAGAAAAUCGCUAACUUAUAUCAUGAUUUGAAAUUUUUCAUUUUAUUUUAUCAAAGUAUCCCAUUUGUGAAUUGGUCUCCAGUGCCUUUGUAUCAUGUAAGCAAUAUUAUUACUCUAAUUUGUCCAACAAAUAUAAUCAAAACGUCUCAAGAAAUAGACUCGGCGCUUUGUAAUCUCUCAGGUGAAGAAAUAGUUCAGUUAAUAAGGUAUUUACUGAACAUACCAUGCAACAUAGUCACUCUGAGGAAAGCCAUUCAUGUUAAUAUGGCUUAUUUUCUUAAAAUCUGCUGUUCUAAACUAAAGUGGAAUCAUUUAUUGGGUGUGUUCUCAUUGUUUCAAAUUGAUUUCUUUGAAUACAAGUUUAUUAUUGAGUUUGUUAAGCAACACAUUUUAUCUAGAAUUGACAAUAAGACUUUCUUCCUGGAGUCCCUUAUGAAAAGUGUUAGUGACAUAGAUUUUAUGAUAUUCUAUUUAGAAUGUGAGAGUGAUGAUUUAUUAAUAUUUGAUGAGUUGUUGCAUAAGAAAUUAAAAAAUAUACAAGACGUAAUAAACAGGCAAUAUUCUAAUAAGAGGGAAUUUCUGGAUGAUGUUAUUUUUAUUAUACACCUAUAUAAUAGAACUCUUAACAAGGAAUUAUUCAGAGCGAGAAUUGAAAGGGAUCAAAAAUUUAUUUUAUCUUAUAUUUUUACACUAUUAUCAUGUGAAACAACAUUAACAAUUGAAGAAAUAACACCAUUUCUGAAUGAAUAUCUAAGUUCUGUUAAAACUGAUUCCGACAAUAAAGACAUUUUUGUUCAAUUAUAUAUAAUUUCUAUUAUGCUCAUAAAGGAUAGAAACACUGAUUUGGCUAAGGCUGUUCUUUGUAUGCAUAUCAUAAAUAAAUUACAUAAAAAUUUUUCAUUAAAAUCUGAGAGUAGACAAUUGAUGAUAAGUUUGUAUGACAUAUUGAAUUUAAUAAUGAGUUUUGAAAAUACACAGAACAUUGGGAGGUUAACAAAUGUCUUCUAUGAGAAUUCCUGUGAAUUAUUAUAUUAUAUGAUUAAAAGUAAUGAUGAAGAUAUAGUAAAACAUACAAAAGACAUCAUAGUUUAUAUAGAAAAGGUAAUAGAAUGUGGUGGUUAUGGAUGUCUCAUAUGGUUAUUAAGAAUAAUAAAUUUAAUUCUCCCCACAAUAAUGGGAAAAGAGGAAAAUUUUAACGUAAUGGUGUUUUUGAAUAGAAUGUGGAAAGAAAUAGAAGAAUUAAAGUCCAACAAUCAAUAUUCGCCAUGCAUUGAAGAGUUUAUUAAUUUAUUAAUGCAAGAUUCAUUAUUAAAUCAACCAAUGUAUAAUAAUAUAAUAAUACUAUACUGUAAUAAAAUAAUAGAAUAUGGCCCUACAAAGAAUUUUCCUUUGUUUUGUCUUAUAAAAAAAUUAAAUACUAAAGAAAUUAUAUAUAAAUACGGGCAUCUCAUAUAUGUUUUAACUGAGAUAUUGCUAUAUACACCUGUACCAAGAAAAGACCAAAGGAUCGUGGAGAACUUGGUUGUUGAAAUAUUGCAAGAUCCAACAUAUGAAAUUUACCAGUCGCACGACGUAAUUACUAAUUUGCAAAUUCAAUGUUCAGCUGUUAUGACCUUAAGCAAAAUAGAUUAUUUAGAAAUUCUAUCAACUAUUACUUCGUUAAUUAUAAAGAAAAUAGAUGAAAUAUUUAAGAACACACAAAGAUAUCAUGCUGGCUCAAAACCACAUAGAGCCGUAUUUAUGGCUCUGCAACAUUUUCUGGCUGUGUUUUUGAAAACUGGAGGCGAAGAUACCAGAGUAAUUAAGAAUUGGUGCUUAGACUUCCUGAGCAAAUUACCACAUCAACCAAACGUCAGGAUAUGCUUGGAGUGGUAUAUUGCAUUGUGUUGCUAUGUUCAGAAAACUAAAGUGAACAAAGAAUUUCUACAGGAACUUAUAGACAAAAAUGUUCCAUUGACAUCUCAGCUAGUUAUACUGUACUGGGUGUUCAAGAGGAAAUUUUUAAAUGGCACAUCCACCAAGCCCGAAUAUAAUUUUGUUAUGGACACCUUACUAUCUAAUACAAUGGGUCAAAUGUUUAACAUACGUCUACACGCGCAAUAUAUGUCUACAAAACUUCAUACAAUGAAUGAAUCCAAUUCAAAGAAAUAUGCUUACACCAUAGAUAUUAUAAAUAGAACAUUAGAUGAGAAUAGUAAUGAUAAAAAUUUGAUUAAAAUGAAAAACGAUUAUUUUAUUAAUCAAUUUGAUAUUAUGGCUGAUUUAACGUUUCCCUUUAUAUAUAAUUAUUUGCCGAAAUACACGGAUAUUAAACAAGAAAUUGUUAAUAUAAACUACAUUAAUGACAUCAUGAAGUCUUUGAAUGAAAUUGAUGUAAUGACCGAUAGUACUUUUCAUAAGGAGUGGAAAUCAUGCCACAGACCAGAUGAACAAGAUGCUCAUCUCCUUUGUAGCAAGUAUAGUUUCAAUAAUACUUCCGAGGCUGAACCUGCUGAACCUGAAUUGACGGGAACAAUACAGAAGAAAUAUAUACCCUGGAAGAACAUGAGUGAUGUCAAUGUAUAUGAAAUCAAGAAGAAGAGAGAGAGCCCCAGCGACCUUAUUGUCAUUGCUUCUCUGAUCGACAAACUGCCUAACCUGGGCGGUAUGGCGCGGACCAGCGAAGUGUUUGGCGUGAAGACCUAUGUCGUAGAUAGUCUGCGCCACUUACAAGACAAGCAGUUCCAAAAUCUGAGCGUAUCUGCCGAGAGAUGGAUCGACGUGGAAGAAGUGAGACCAGGCAUUGCUCUCAAACAAUAUCUGAUGAGGAAGAGAUCUGAAGGGUAUGCUGUGGUCGCAGCUGAGCAAACGUCCAACAGCUUCCAAUUGCAAACUUUCAAAUUUCCUAAGAAGACAUUGUUGCUACUGGGGCACGAAAAAGAAGGCAUACCCUGCGAUCUCCUCCCUUUAAUGGACUACUGCGUGGAAAUACCGCAGCAAGGCGUGAUCAGAUCUCUAAACGUGCAUGUUACCGCCGCCAUCUUCGUGUGGGAGUACGCCAGGCAGAAUAUACUGUGAUUUUAAUGUUUUAUUUUUGAUAAUUGAUGAAAGUAAAGACAAUUUUAAUUAUAA